GAGCAACACAUUCCUGUAGCCUGAGUCUGCCUGAUCGCGGGCCCGCGGCUUGUGUUAGUCGCUAAACGCUUGUGAGGACUGAGGAGGGUUGUGUAGUGGUGGUGUGUGCAGAUUCUCCGCCUGCUUCUGUCUCUCUCUAUUUAGUUUUACCUGCAUUUCACUAUUCUAUCACCACUACACCAAAAACGCAAGAGACUUAAUCAACUGUGUGUGCAUCGCGAGUUGAUUUUGCAUCCCAAGUUAGUGACUGGAGGGGCAAAUGGCAGAUGACAUAGAUGAUCUGCUGGAUGAGGUGGAGGAAAGCCUCAGUCACAACUCCAGCAUCUCAUCCGACAGGAGGGUGAAGCACAGUAAAAGUGAGAGCGUGAAGACAGAUGACCUCAAGGACCUGUUAGAUGACAUUGAUGAGCCUCCACUCCCACGCUCUGCCAUCCCAUCACACCCUUCUUCCCCGAACAUUAGCGGCAAGUGCAACAGUCCCCUCCUAGCAGGUGUCUCUGUUCAGCCAGGCAUCUCCACGGGAGUCACUCAGAGAGCGUGUGACCGCCUGCGCUGCCUGAAGUGUGACAUGACAGUGGUGACGAUGGAUGGCUUCUGCUGGUCCAGUACCAUCGACUACUUCUUCCUGCGCAACAACUACCCUGACCUGGCCCGGCUGUGUGCCCGCCUGGAGCCACAGCGCGUGGCCCGUGCCUACGCCUGCCAGUGUCAGCACCUCUCUCUCACUGAGCCCUCCAGCCUGGCCCACCUUGACGGACUAAAGUGGGUGUGUGGCGGCCAUUCCCCUAAUAGCAUGGCUGAUAACCAUCUCAAAACCUAGACCGGUAGGAAUUGUAAUGCAUAUGGAGGCUGUGAGGGAAGAGUCAUCAGGCAGCAAGAGUAGCAGCUGUCUCAGAUCUUAGCUUGAUUGACACUGUAACACCCAUGGGCUGUGAGCUUGUUCAGUAUCAGCAAUAUGACGGCUCUAGGGAAAGCUCAGUGUGUGUGGAGGCACACGCACACACACACACACACACACACACACACACACACACACACACACACAGAGUUAAUAGUCAUCCCAACUCUUAAUUUGAUAUAGUAACAAGUUGAAGACUGUGAGGGUGUGUGGCAUCAGCAGCAUUGUAGCUCAAGUUUCUACAGUUGGGAUAGCUUCAAAAGAGAAGUGUCAAGAUAAGUUCAGAACUAAAUUAGCAAACUUUUUGUUUCCUAUAACAUUAGCACUUAAGGAGUGGCUUAUUGAGUGGAUUUUUUUCAUUAUCACUUUUAUGCUAUUUGCCAAAUUCCUGGACACAGAAAGAGGGAUAGCUAUAGGAACAUAAGUACACACUAAUUGCCUCAGCUUGCUUUACCCUGACAUGUGGUUAUGGUAAAAAAAAUAAACAAUAAGUAGGAAGAAAAUAAAAUGUGAUACAGAGUUGAAAUUAACACCAUGGUACUUAUGGAUUUACAAGGUUUUGUCUGAGGUCACAACUCUCUGAAACAAUACUAUGAGCUAAUUCAACCAGCUUGCAUCAUCACCUUCACAUCAAGAGUUCAGAACAUAGUUACACAAUUCAUUCAUUUACCUUGUGCCAGAAUUUGUAACUUGGCUGGAAAUUAAUCCCUGCAGCCUCUCCCUUUAUUCUCAUUGGACUUUGAAAGAGCUAGUACAAAAUGAUCCGUCCUCUUUGUGCCAUUGUCAACACUGUAUAAGAUAAUGAGUAGGUAAUAAGGGCACAGUGUUCUUCAGAGUUGUUAUCUAUAAAUUGUCUAGUCCAAUUCAUUCACCUGCUUGUCAUCUCUCAUAUUUUCCAUCAAAGCUUUCCUUCUCUCUCACUUUUAUCAUAUUGUUAUUUUCCUUGGAAGGUUUCAUUUAAUUUGUUUCUCUCUCUGUCUCUCUCUCUCUCUGUCUCUCUCUCUCUCUCUCUCUCUCUCUCUCUCUCUCUCUCUCUCUCUCUCUCUCUCUCUCUCUCUCUCUCUCUCUCUCUCUCUCUCUCUCUCUCUCUCUCUCUCUCUCUCUGUUAGAAAUGUUUGUGUGUAUUUAUUCAUUUUGACUGUGUGCUUGCUCUUAGUCACAGUUCUUGGUAGCCUGGCAUCACUUCAUCCAUACACUAUUCAGAACAACAUUACAAGGUUGGCUUUUUUUAUAUUGCAUUUGUUAUACUUAUUUAUUUUGUUUUAUUUUAUUAUUUUUUAUUUAUUUAUUUUCUAUUUAUUUUUUUAUGUAUAUUUUUAUUUUGUUAUUUUGUUUAUUUAUUUACUUAUUUGUUUAUUUAUUUAUUGUGAUCAAGGUUUCUUAGUACUUUAAAAGGAGGCUGUAGUAGAAGUUAUUGUUUUUUUUUUGUUUUUUUUUUUCAAGGAUGUUUCAUGGUACCAGGGAUAUGUAACAAGAAUCAUGUACCUUCAUUGAAAAAAACAUCCAUUGAAACCCAACUGAUCGUGUAUUAUGGCUUUCUAAAGUAGUUCUUGUGAGUGGCCAAAGUGUUUCAGGAUGUGGAUCCAAACACUGGAAAUAAGUUGUGGAGAUUAGUCAACUUCACUGUAUUGUAUUGUACUUUUCUGCUUUACAUUAUUCUAGUCACUUCUGUACCUGUUUUGUAUCUGUCACAGCAGAACUUAUAAGUUCUUGCCAUCAUAUUAAGCAUUGUACUGUGUUUUAAUGGAAACAGCAUCAAAGAUGAUGUGAUAAAUACAUUCAUGUAUUGAA